GGGUCUGAAGCUCAGCGGUUGUGACUACCGCUGGCUACCUCGUGGCGGAGGGACGGCCCGGUGCGCCCCGCAGGACGACUGUAAUGGGUCUGACAUCAGAGAUGAAGCUGGCUGUGCCCUGGGGACACAUCGCUGCCAAACUCUGGGGCUCCCAGCAGGGCCCCCCGGUUCUUUGCCUGCACGGCUGGCUGGACAAUGCCAACUCCUUUGACAGACUCAUCCCUCUUCUCCCAAAAGACUUCCAUUACGUUGCCAUGGAUUUCGGGGGACAUGGGCUCUCAUCACAUUACAGCCCAGGUCUCCCGUAUUACCAGCAAAACUUUGUGAUUGAGGUCCAGAGAGUUGUAGCAGCUUUGAAAUGGAAUCGUUUUUCGAUCAUGGGCCACAGUUUUGGCGGUAUUGUGGGCGGAAUGUAUUCCUGUACCUUCCCCGAGAUGGUGGAUAAACUUAUCUUGCUGGACACGUUGCCAUGUGCCCUGGACUAUAAAGAAUCGGAGAACUUGAUGACCUAUAAGCGAAGAAUGAUAGAGCACAUGUUACAGAUAGAGGCCUCCCAGAAGCCCCAGCGAGUGCUCAGCCCGGAGGAGAUGCUGCAGGGGUUCCUGAAGAACAACAGUCACGUGGGUGAGGAAUGUGCACGGCUCCUCCUGCAGAGAGGAACCACCCAGGUGGCCACAGGUCUGGUGCUGAGCAGAGACCGGAGGAUCUCUUUGCCAGAGCACAGCAUCGAUUUCGUCAGCAGGAACCUGCUUGUGCAUUUCAUCAGGAAGCUGCAGGCCCACAUCCUGCUCAUCAAAGCAACGCAAGGGUUUUAUAACGUGAGAAGAGAGAACGACGCUGACAAGGAGGCCCUACAUUUGGUGAAGGACAUACUGAAAUCUGUCCUAAAGGAGUGGUUCCAGUACACAGAAGUCCCGGGCAAUCACUACGUCCACAUGAACCAACCCCAGCGUGUGGCCGGGAUCAUCAGCUCCUUUUUGAAGAGCAGUGCCCCGAACCAGCUGUAGCCUGGGCCUGGGGCUUUGCCCCGCUCCCCCCACUCACCCCCCAGACUCCCUGCUCCCAAUCCCCACAGCCAGGCCAGGUGCGGUGGGGACAGGCCUCGUGGGUCUUGGAGACCAGCAGGGGCUGAGGCAGAGAAACCUGGGGCAGGGUUGGGAGGGUUGGGGCCAAGAUUCUGACUUUUGGUAUCUGAGACUUCAAGGGGGAGACACUGUUUGGACCUGGAGGGUUGUCCGUUUUGUGGCUGAUAAUCGGCAGUGAGUGGGUAGCGGAUGGAGGAAGGAAGGGCCAGGUUGCUGCCCAGCUGGAUGAAAAAUAAAAUGUUCUGUAUUCA